AUGACAGAAGCCGCAUGGGAAGCGGAAUGGGACAGAGUGCUAUGGAAGAAGAAAUCAUACCCGGAUAACUACGUGCCAAAGUCGUUCCUAUCGUCUCUUUCCAGGAAUUCUAACUUCGUACCAUACACGUAUUGGUAUCUAGUCCGCGCGUCCUGCGCGAUCAGCCAGCACCUCGCCACAAUCUUCAUCUUCCUUGCUGUAUUCAUUCAGUUGAAUGAGAGCAGAUUGGAUGCUCGUGUUCUCAUAUGGAUGUCUAUUGGUGCAUUCAUUACGGGAUAUGCCCUAUGGGAGCUGGUCGACUGCCGUAGUGACAGCAAGACGUCAACCGGGGCAAAUCAUGCCAAAGCCAUGAAGUCAUCUAUAUUGGUCUUUCUGGCCCUCAUGGCAUUGUCUCCGGUAUUGCGCACUCUGACAGCUGCGACGUCCUCAGAUUCCAUAUGGGCGUUGUCAGCAGGUCUUUUCGUGCUGAGCGCACUACUGGCGGAUUAUACCCCUCUUCGUGCUUAUAUCCAUCACCAGGAGAGGUUGACAUCAGUGCUGUCUAUGAAUGCUGCAAUCUCUUCAGCCGUAGUUCUCGCUUCCCGAUUGCCGGAUGACCAAUCGGUUUUUGCGCUCAUGCUGUUCUCCGUGCAGCUAUUCGCUCUAUUUCCCAUCUUGCGCCGUCGCUUACAGACCGGUCCCGGGUUCUUACAGGGAUUUGUGACGCUUAGCUUGUGCGGAUCUUCAGUUCGCCUGGCAGCUUCUGUGUCACGCAUCGGGACCUGUCUUGUCUUCAUAUCACUCAGCUUUGUGAUGUUCGUAGGGCCGGGAGUUCUGAUCUGGGCGCAGAAGUACAAAAAUGAGAUUAGGGGCACAUGGGAUCCAGCCGUGCCUGUCCUUAACAAGCCCGACAGGUUCGGAGUCACUCCUUAG